AAACCAAGGACGCUCUGACAUCCCAGAACUGAUUUAUUAUUUAAUUUAGACAAAAACCAAAAAACAAAUACAUUCACAAUGAAAAGGAUCGUGUGAAUUUGACUAUUUAUUCUAUUGAACAGGUUUCCGUCUAACAGCUAACCCAAAUUUCAGAUGACUUUGUUGUAGUGAUGUUCCCAGAUCACUUUGGUGAAUGCAAUGUUAUCAUAUCAUGAGUUGUAAUAAAUGGGAAUUUUCCUUUAAAACAGUAUCUGUUUGCAAACUACAUUCCUAGACACAAAUAACAUAACUUUGACAAAAACAAGGCAACAAAAUGUUCCCUGUGAUAGAUCUAAAUCAGGUUUUAAGUCUUUGCAAGUGUAAUUUCUAUGCAGCGAGUUAAACUCACUUCCAAUGAAGGUUGAAGACAGCAGUUGGUCUUUGGGGAUUAUACUGGAAGCAAUUGUGAAACUGUGAAAACAAUAUUGUAUAAAACACAACAAAUGCAAUGACAGUGAUUACAAAAAAAAAAAAAAAAAAAGAUGAGCAGAACAAAGGUACUUUGAAAAUGAAUUAGCUUAGUACAGGAACAAGGAAACUGGAUUCACAGAAUUAGACUAUAGACUGAACUGUCAAUUAGCUACGUUGUUCCUCAAUCACAAAAUAUCUAUAAUGAAAAGAGUACCUUCCAAUAAUGCUCCAAAAAAGACAUUUGGAGAGUAAACAAGAUCAAAGUUGCUCGUCACAAAUCUCACAAAAUGGCGGAUAUAACAAUGUCAGUUAAGCUGGCGUGGGACUGUGCCAGUAGGGGUUGCUGUAGCAACAAAACACCUAACUGAAACCAACUGCUGCAGGAAUACUGGAACAAAUACAGGUAGCUGCUGCAAAGGUAGAAUCCAUCUUUGGUUUGGAAAACAGUAACAUAAAAUAUCUGUGAUUCGUAUUUAAACAUGCAAGACUAUUGGUUUUGUUCUUUAAACCUGCACUUGACAAGUUUCACUCAGUGGACAUUUGACUUGUCAAACACAGAUCAUAACACUAAUAAUGUCCACAGUCCAUUUAGGUGAGCAAGUUACAAUUAUUAUGCAUGCUGGGAAAAAAAAAAAAAACUACGUUCAUAUAUUGUUUUGUGCAUACUACACAUAUAAAUAUAUGUCAGCUAAAACUCGAAUACCUCCACAAGAGCUAUACAAUCCUUUUUAUUUCAAAACAGAAAAUGUUAGAAUUAAAACAUACAAUACAUGUGGCCAAGUAUGGUUGCUCUGGGGCUUUUUUAAUGGUUUGGGCCUCGUAGUUCAGUUCAAGUUAAAUGCUGCAUACAAUGAUAUUUUAAACACGUGUGCUUCCAGCUUUGUGGCAACAGUUUCAGGAAGAGCCUCUCAUAUAGGAAUACAGUAGUUUUCCCAGAAGAACUUGACUGGCCUGCAGCUCUCGCAAAUCCCUGCAGCCUGGUUCCAAAAUCUUGUGGAAAGCCUGAAAUCAGAGGAGCGGAAGCUGUUGAAGCAGCAGAUUAAUGGCCAUGGUUUUGGAAUGAGAUGUUCAACAAUCAUAUACGUAUAGAUGUAAUGUUCAACUGCCCACAUACUUUGUUUGGAUGUCCACAUAUUUUUGGUCAUGUAGCGUAUGUAUAUUUAUUUAUAUGUAGAGGCAGACAUUCAAAUGAAAACAUUACAAUACUUCAUGACAAAAUGGAGAAAAUUCUCUCUCUCUCAAGAAAUCCUCUAAAGAAAUUCCUGGAUCCGCACCACAGGCGAAUCACUUGAUCCUUGAUCUUAUAACUUUGGACCAAAUGUCAAGAUUCGUUAUCCUGCUAAUUACCAAACAAACCAAACAAAAGGGACCUAAAACCCAACCUCAACUCAUUAAAGGACGACUAAAUGAAGCUGUCCCACAUGACCCCUAAAACUGGGGUCAACGUCCCCAUGUUGCAGGUUCUCCCAACACGCUAAUCAGGAGAAUUUCACAAACUAAUUGCAAGUUCAAGGACUUCAGUCACUCUACACAGUCUUAUGAGGUUUUUCACACGACAGCGUGGGAAAGCUACUGGACAGAGCUGCUUUUAACAACUCUGCAUAGUUUGCUUUAUGCUCACAAGCAUUUCUGUCUGAUGGCUCUGUGAAUCUCUGAUGUGGGCAUGAUAAUGACAGAAAAACACUCACAUAACAAAAAGAAAACAACAAAAACAGAGUGUUACUGUAAAGAGAACUCAUUUGAAAACACACACAAACUGAUUUAUAGCAGCAUAUACCAUGUGUAAAAUGUGAAAACACAGGAGAAACACGAAUGGAAAAAGGCUUAGCAGCAAAGAUAUAUAUUACACAGCAGAACCAAGUUAAUAUUUAUUUACAGAUAUGUAUGCUGUCUCUUUACUGCAUUAUUGACAAGAUUAUUCCAACAAACUAAUGACAACUUUUUCCUACAUAUAUUUAGAUAUAUAAACCUUUUUAAUUCACAGCAACCCCCCGCCCCCCUCCGUGCAUCGCUAAGAAACUUCUCCAAACAUAUAGAUCCGAACAUAUAGACGUGAUUAGUUUACUUCAGUAUGCAAUGUUUAUUGUCACAAAUGCUUGGCCAUCAGUCAGAACAUGAAGCAGUGUGUAAGUGAUGUAUGUGGUCUGUGCUGGAGCCAAGUUCUGUAGUUUAAAGCCAAUCUGCCAAACAUGAUACUCGCCAAGCGGAGCGGGGGGAAGGGGAAGAAAAAGAGAGAAGGACAGGAGGAGGAGAGGGAGGGCUUCUGAAACGUUUUCAUUUACAUUUACUCUGAAACGCAGAAAAAGAAAAAGUGACAACAGAGAAAGUAAGCAAAAGGGAAAGGAACGAGAGGAAAGUGAAGAUGAAAGAGGAGUUUAAGAAGACUGGCGGACAGUUGUUGGGAAACAGAGGAAGGGGGAGAGAAACAGAGAGUAUCCCCAGGGGAGAGCAGAGAGAAAGAGAGGGAUGGGAGUUGAGAAAAGGAAAGAGGAAAAAGAGGAAGGUUUAGCAGGGAAGGAGAGAGCACGGUAAGAAGAGUCACAUGGAAGGAAAGAAGGAAAAUGACAGAUCAGAUAUGACAGAGAGAAGCAAUGGACUGAAAAAAGGGAAGAGAGGAGUGGGAAGAAAGGAGGAGAUGAGGGUGGAGGAGGAGAGGCAUGAAGAGAAAGAGUUUGAGAUAUAGAUAAGAAAUUAAGAAUGACAAGCGCUUAAAGUGCUGAAGAAGGGAGAGAGAGAAAGAUAACGUGAGAAAAAAGAUUUGGGAAAGGAAGAAAGAAAGAAAGAAAGAAAGAAGACCAGGAGAGACAAGGAGAACCAGAGCGGAUAGAAGGAGAGUUAAGAGCUCAAAUAUCAAGACAGAAAAGAAGAAAUGUAGCAGGAACAGUAAAGAAGGAGGAGAUGAAGAGAAGGAAAAAGGCUUAGGUACAUUAAUUGAAGUUGACAAAAGGAAGAGAGCAGAUUGUCAGAGUGGGAAGUGCUGAAAGAGGAGGAGAGUAACACAAAAAAGGGAGUGGAGAAGAAGCUGAGGGGGAGAGAGGAGAGAAGAGGCCGAGCUGGAAAAUAAAGUGUGUGACAGAGAACGAGAGAGCAGAUAUGAAGACGAGAGCUGAGAGAGAAGAAAGAGAAGAAAAAAAGGAGGGAACUUAAUUCACUGUUGUGUUUCCAGUCUCUCUUCUGACGUCGUUGUGAAACCCUCUUGAGCUGCGCUGCUGCUGCUGCUGCUGCUGCUCCAAAAACUGAAUGCUAUCAGGACCAAGCAGGCAGCUGCCAAACCCACUGAUACACACACACACACACACACACACACACACACACACACAUACACAUACAUAGAAAGCAAAGCAGACGGAGGAGCUCCCCAGCAGUGUUGGGUAUGACUCGUCUACUGAGGCAGUUUGGUGUGGUGGAUACAGAGUGACAGUUGGGAGUAACCGGUUCUUCAUCCAGUCAGUGUGUUUAGUGAAGAUGAAGUGACACCACCAGGAUCUGAGCCCUGACUUCACAGCUUGGAUGUUUCCAUCGGACGAAACACAGUACAAAAGAUGUCGGUGAAGCUGCGAUUCGACUCUCCCUCAGAUGGAGGUUUGGUCCACAGGAGCCGCUCCUUCACUGGGUUCAGCUCUCUGACUGGACGACGACGGCCAUCCUCUGUUCGUACCUCUCUCCGCUCCAAAGCCAUGACAGGAAGUAAAUCUCCCAGGAUGCACUUGUCUCCCAGCCGAGGGGGAGGAGCUAUCUCGUCUCUGCAGCCGGAUCAGGUCGACAGGGUCUUUCAGGCGCUUCGCAAAGGACUCAAGGAGUUCCUGGAGGGUCACCAGGCAGAGAUGGACUUCCUGUCUUCACAGCAGAGAGAGACCAAGAGAAACUCCAGACUGGCCUUUCUGUAUGAUCUGGAGAAGGAGAUAAGAGCAUUGGAGAGAUACAUACGAAGAUUAGAAUUUCAAAUCAGCAAGGUGGAGGAGCUGUAUGAGACGUAUUGUAUCCAGUGGAGGUUGUGUCAGGGAGCGGUCAACAUGAAGAGAGCCUUCUCACUGUCCCCGUCCACCAGAGCCUCCAGAGAGAGUCUGCUGGAGCUCAGUCGCAACCACAGACACAGCCUGCAGGACAUGUUAUUUAUGGAAGGAGAGUUAGAAAUCCUCCUCGGAGAGCUGCACAUCAAAAUGAAAGGUCUGAUCGGCUUUGCUCGACUCUGCCCUGGAGACCAAUACGAGGUGGUGGUGCGGCUGGGCCGCCAGCGAUGGAAGAUCAGAGGGAGGAUCGAAUCAGACGACACACAGUCCUGGGACGAAGAGGAGAUGGUCUUCCUCCCGCACAUACAUCACAACUUCGAGAUCAAGGUAUCUCACCCAUCAAAUCCCUUCUCUCAGGUGAUGGAGGCGAAGGGUUUGGGUUGGCUGCUGGUUGGCAUGGUGACAUGUGCGAGCGCAGACUUCUUUGUGGCGAGGCCCCAGCUGAUGUUGGUGGACAUCACGGAGCUGGGAACCAUCAAACUGCAGCUGGAAGUCACCUGGAAUCCGUUCGACAGCGCUGAGAAGAUGAGGCCGCUGUCUGUCAGCAGGCAGUCGGUGUCCAGCAGAAAGAGUUCAGUUUACAGCUGGACGGCACCAAGCACCCCCUCCUUCUCCGAGAAAUACUUUAUAUCGAUGGUGCGUGAGCUGCAGGAUCGAGAAGGUUCCCUCCCGUCUCUGGUGUCUAAAAGUCGACACAACAGAGGAGGCGUGUCUCUGCUCAGCUACCUGUCCAACCCGUCACACACCGCCAUCACGUCCAAUCACAGCCCACUAAGCCCCUGCACCCUGAGUCUCAGGCGGACUCACAGCUACCCCUUCAGCCACAGUCAAGGCACCAGUCUGGGAGGAAGCCAGACUCAGCUGUCCCUCGGGGAGGAAGGAUCCCUGGAGGGCUCCACAGAGGAGAGCGAGAGGAGGAAGAGGAUGGAUGAGAAGGAUGGAGAGGAGGAGUGGGGAAGUGUGUUAGAUGCUCCCUCUACGCCAGCUGAGAGUAAAACAGGUUCCCUGCUGGCUCUACAGAUGUCCAGCACUCCUGACAUCCUCAGAAAGAACACCGCUGGAGAACCAGACCCUGAGACACACAGUGCAGUGCUGGGACAGGACACUGUCACUGUUCAGGGGAUUUUGUAUCUGACACAAUUUAAAAUGUGUCUACUAAAGGACUUCACAGAAUGUCAGUCAUAUUCUGCCCCUGCCUCGCCCACACCCACUGCUCAGUCCCCAGCUGUAACCCCUUCCUCACCCACGACCGCCACUCCGACCCCGGGGAAGCCGGGGGUGAGCGGUGCCCAGCGCAGGGCCCAGGCCAUCAGGCUGGGAGUCCUGAUCCCAGAGCUGGAGAAGACAUUACAGAACCAGAGCUGCUCUGAGAAGGAGCUGAGAGCCCUGGACCACCAGAUACUGCACCUGGCAACCAUACUGAAGAACGACCUCUCCCUGUUGAAAAGCUCAUCAUCAGAGGAGACUCUGGCUGUGGAGGAAGUCCUAGGCAGCUUUGACUUCCUGUCACAUGAUUUCAACGCAGAUGAUGACGCGUCCUGUUUGGGCAGCAUGAGACAAAAAGACAGUGGCAUCAGUUCUUUCCAGCAGAGCACUCUGAGGAGUCUUGCCCUCCUCUCUCAGAACAGCCAAUCAGCUUCUGAGGAAGAGUUGGUCAUCGCCCCUCUGACUUCGGGGAAUUGGGGUCUUGACCAGGCUCUUGAGACUCACCUGGAUAUAUGUUGCAUCCUGCUACAGAUGAUGAGAACGACCGACUUCAGCCCAUCUAGGAGGGAGCUGCUGGAGGAAAUGGCUCUCCAAGCUGAAGUCCUGGACAGAGUCAGCUGUCUGCUGCUAGAGAAGAACGACACCAUCUCUGCGGUUGACAUCCUCCCGAAGGCCCAGAGAACGAGGGAUGUGCUGUUGUUCUGGGAGGAGUGCGUGAACGACAGCAGCUCUCCUUUCUGUUGCAGCUCUGACAGUUUCUCCAGGACGUUAAGGAAACGUUACAUGCACAAGGUGAAGGCCAAGCAGCCCGGCCAGUCAGAAAAAGUGUUUUCUCAGCUCCUGCAGCAGGUCCAGGCGGCCUGUUGGAUGGUGCCCAGCCCUCGGCUGGUCUGCAGCCCAGAGAGAGUCUCCCUCUUCCAGCUGUCGGUGUAUCUGAAACGCUGGAGUAUCCAGGAGCUGGGAGAGCACAUCUCACGCCUCUCCAAGGAAGAGUACAUCCUGUCAGCCCUGAGGAGCCCCAAAAGGAGGCGGGCUUUAAAUAAGAUGAGAGGGCGGUGUAUCACAGAGCUCCUCCCACUGGGAUGCACGCUGCAGACUCUGGCCGCCCUGCAGAUCGACUCCAACCACAAAGUUUGCAAAGCUGCUGCAAACUGUCUCUGCAGAGCUGUUGGCUGCAAGGCCUUCAGGAGCAAGGCAUUGGUUUACUACACAGAGAGUCUGAAGAGCACUGAUGUUCAAAUCCAACAAGGCUCCUGUCUGGCUCUUAAAUGCCUCAGGGCGACAGAGAGUGUGGACCACAUAGCAGAUUUGUGGAGAUCAGUGGAUGAAGAUCUUCGCAGCGCUGCCAGAGAGACUGUCCUGUCCUUUGGUAAAAAGGGCUACCUGGCCUUCCAGAGGAUGGACCAGUUGUACACUGAGAUGCAGGAGGAGGCUUAUCAGAACCAAGAGACCGAGAUCACCAUCCUAUAGGAAACAAGUCUGAGUGUCUCUGUUUUUCUGCUGGGACCCGACAUGAAGAGUCUCAAUGAUCCUGACUGUCAGGGUGAGAGACAAAAUUUAAACUUUCUGGUUUUGUUUGAAGAAAUCUGUGGUGCCUUCAUAACAAAUACCAGCAGGGCGAGUGCAGAGGAAGAGCUAAAGACGGUGACGCUAGCUUUCUUCGGAUGGAUUUUCUUCACCCUUUGACCAGAGAAGUGACUUUACUGGGAUCUUGAAUUUAUUUUGGUCAAAUAUGCAGAGUUUUGUUUAAAGAAGAAGGAAUUCUGUUCUAGUUAUUUAACCUGCUAAGAUGCCUUGAGCAGCUUUAAAAUUAUUUCUGCUUUUCCAGUGUUGGGACUCACUUUCAGUGAGGGCAACACAUCUCCAUGUGUUGUUUUAUUGGAAAAUGAAGGAGAAAUGUAUUAUUAUUUCACAUAAUGUCCCAAGUGUGUGAUUAAGAGGCGUAAUGAGCAAAAAUCCAAAAUAUCAUGUGAACAUUAAACCCAGAGGGACCAAAUAAAUCCCUACUAACAGCCCCGAACAGUGGCCCUCCUGCCUGUAAGAGUCAAGUUUUAAUAAUCUCACAGGAGUCAAAUCUACCUGUGCCAGGUAACUUUUUUUUCUCUGAGUUGUACUUACUUUUCUUUGUUUUCAUCAGCUUUUGAAUGCUUAGUAGACGGAACAUAAAAUGGCUACUAAAAUGCUUCCACAAACGGGAGCUGUGACAUUCAGGGACGCCAAAGGAUUACAGUACAAACAACUCUGGCAGGCAGCCAAACAGCAUUUAAGAGGUUUUACUCUGCUCUCCUAAAUCUGUUCUUUUUGUCAGUGAGUUUCCUGCUUUGCAGAUGAUUUGGGUGCAGCCGCUGGAUGUUAUGGGCUGAUCAAAGUGCGUUGCCAUUUGAGAUACAUAUCUGGAUUUAUUUGCUUUGAUUUAGCUUGAAGGAGGUGACAGUCCUGAGGCGACACAGACAAGUGUUUGACCAAAAUGUAUGACCGGUCUUAUUACUCUUUGAUAAAGAAUAGUAACAAUUUAUAAUAAAGGUACAAAACACUAAUGCAUGACUCGUGGUGAUUUAAUUCAUGAAUUGUAGAUGUGUCAUGAAUCCCUGUUGCUCACCAUUAAGAAAUGAUCAAGUCACUGUAAGUUUUUGUGAUUGGUUUAACACUUAAUGGAUUAAUGGAUUACUUCAUACAUUACAUGCCUCCAUAUCCAGUUCCUAGGGCUGCAACUAACUGUUAUUUUGGUUAUCAAUUAAUCUGCCGAUUUUUUUCUUGAUAAAUCAAUUAUUUGUCUUUAAAAUGUCUAGCUCCAGUUUCCCAGAGCUCAAGGUGACGUCUUCAGUGUCUUAUUUUGUCCAAAACCCAAAGAUAUUCAGUUUACUGUAAUAUAAAACAGAGAAAAGCAGCAAAUCCUCACAUUUAAGGAGCUGGAAGCAGCAAAUUCUGGCCAUUUCUGCUUAUUCAACUAUCAAAAUAAUUUGCUGAUUCAUUUUCUGUCGAUGGAUUAAUUGAAAAGGGCAUUUCAGAUCCAUGGAUUUGAUCAUCCUCUCUGAAACCUCUCAUAGAAAUAUGAAGCUGUUUUUAUCAAACUGGUAGUCGGAUACAAACAUCUAUCUACAUGUUGCUGCUUCACCCAACAGUCUUUGUUUAUGUCGUAUUUACAAGCCGGGGGAGUGGCACGUGAGUUUAUUUUCAUUAUUACAUUUUUGGGGAGUGUAGCACAGAAGAGAAACAUGCACUAAAACCAUCUAGCAGUGAGAAUGGACAGACAUGUUUAAGCUAACAGAAGGGCCAUCGGCCUGCUCAAGUAUUGAGUAUAAAUAAGACACGUGAAGUGUUCGGCAUUACUGUAUUUUUGUUUAAUAUUAUUUCAUUUCUCACAUCAGAUCACCAUUACUUACGAGGUACCUGGUUGACGUGCGUUCCCUCAUACUAAUUUGAAAUGAUUAGUUAGUGUACAUUCACUAAAAGUAAGUAUGAACAGCUGCAGUUCUGCUUUCGGAGAGGUUGAUCAAAUGAAUGCGUCUGAAAUAUCCUUUUCUGUGUAACUCAGUGCCAGCUAGUUUGUUUGGUGGCAUGUAAAUGAAUGUAUGAAGUAACUGUCAGUUAAUACUGAUGAUUCAUGAAGCGUUAACUAAUCACAUAAACUCAUAGUGGCUUCAUUUCUACAUAAUGAGUAACAGGAAUUCGUGAUACAUCCUGCAUUAAUUCAUGCAUUAGCAAAGCAUGUGUUUUGUACCCUUAUUAUUAAGUGUUAACAAAUGUCCUUUCAUCCUUCUCUCCUUUGACAAUUAAGUCAAUGUUUCUCACACUGUCAGUCUGUUUGGCCUCAGCUUUGUAUCGUCACUGAAACACAGGCUGGCGCUGCCCUCUGCUGGCUGUCUGCUUGGGAAGGGCCCCGACCUGAGGAUGCUUUCACUCGCCAGAUUUAGCUGUGGUUAAACUGACCUGGGACCUCUCUGACUGGGAUAUUUAAGGAAUGCUUGUGAGGUCAAUAAAACGGCAUGGGAAGAAGAUGUUAGCUUUUUUAUGUGCAAGGCAGAGAAAGUUAUGGAGUAAAUUUGGUUUUUCUGCAGCCUCGAUGGCUCAGUACAGGACAACUCUGCAUCACGUUUAGGUAAGUUGUUGGUAUAAAAAACGUACUUGAAAAAACUCAUUAUGCUCAAAUCUGAUCAUUUACAACUCACAAUAUUCUAAGAAAUAAAGCAGGGGGUCAAAAUCCUCAGCAUACCAAAGCUCUCAUGUUGAAAAUCAUGUCUUGAAUCAAUUUAAUCAGGUUAGCUCUUAAACUGAAACCUUGAAAAUGUUCAGACUAUAAACAAGAACCAGAGCUCGAACUUAACUGUUUGAAAAUUCUCUGCCCGGUUUGUUUUAGCCGCCUCUGAGAUUUGUAAAGACAAUAACUGAAAAAAAGAAAGGAAUAUAUAAUCAGAAGUCAUGUUUGUAUACAUUUUUAACCAUGUUAUCUUUCCUACAUUUUUGCAGAAUAGAUUUGACUUGGGAAAACCUCCCAGAAUGAAAGACUGAACACCAGUUCUUUGCUUUUGUUUAGUAAUACUGGCAAACCGAUCAGAUGAGAGACACUGAGACUACAGUAGUUCGGUUUAGAUGUCGUCUAAGCGUCUUGCAAAGGCAGGAUGUCUAAAAUCAGAAUUUUAAUCCAGCAAAGUUUCAACGGAGGAAUGUAGAGCUGAGGGGGAUGUGGAAGAAAAGAUGAAAGGAAAGACAACAGGAGGGUAAAGGAAGUAAGGAUGGACAGAAUUUUAACAUCGAGGCUAGUCUACAGCAUGCUAGCAGCUCUGUGAGGCUGUAGGCACAGCAGUUCUUUCAGUUAAAUGCUAACGUCAGCAUGCUAACAUGCUCACAGUGAUUUAUUGACCUGAUUGGUGUUCACCAAAGUACUUGCAUCACCAAUUCAUCCUGAGAGGAACAUGAAUGUUUGUAUCAAAUUUCAUGGCAAACCAUCCAACAGUUAUCGAGAAAAAUCUCAACUUCGUGGUGGCGCUAGAUGAAAAGUCAGAGGAUCACCAAAGUCAGUAGGAUUCAUCUUCUGGGGAACAAGAACGUCUGUACUAAAUUUCAUAGCAACCCGUCUGACAGUUACUGAGAUAUUAAAGUGGUAAUGAUUUAUUUUGUUUCAUGCACAGGUUGUUAAAGAUGUUUAUCAUCCGCAAAAAAACUCACGACUAGAAAUAGUUACCUGUUGUUUUGGGGGUAAAAACACCAAAGUGGUUACUAGCAUAAUUAGCAUACAGUACAUGUUUCUGUUGAUUUGUUAUGGGACAGUUCAGUUUGACAUUCUUCUGUGUUCUUAAUCAGUAACAUUAAUAAUAAGUUUUAAACAAACAGGGCAAUAACGAACAUUUUUAGAGAGCAGGGUCAAAUCAAAAUGUAAAAAAAUAGCUUCAGAUCAGAUUGUCAAUGCUGGUCCUGUGUUUUUUUCCAUAGACUUGUUUGUUUACAUGCCAAGGUCCAUCCCCGUACACAAGAAAAGGUGAAAUCUGUCUGUUCAGCAUCAAAAUUAUUUCAAUAACACACCGUGACCUAUUUAGGCCUCAAGAUUUAUUAGGAGUUGGGACUCGCCUGUCUUAACUUUGGGAGAGUAAAGACUUGAGACUUAUUUCUGACUUGGUUCCAUCUAUGCAUCAAACUGUGGUUUUAACAAUUAUAUAUUAUUGUAACUGGAUGUAUAUUGCUUACAGAAAUGUGUAUUAGAGACUUUAUACAGCACUUCUUUGCAUUUAAUACUUACAAGAAAGGAAGUGUUUCACUUUUGUGCGUAUUAAAAGGACUCGACAUUCA